AUGACAAAGGCCACCUUCGCACGUUCUGUCGGAAGCGGUUCAGACAUGAGCUCCAAGUGCAUGCAGCACUGCUUAACAAAGCCUCUGCAUGACUUGAAAUCCCCAUCCUACUUGGAAGAUCUUCCUAAUGAGACCAUCACAACACCUGCAAAGGAAAUCCUAUGCAUAACCAAGAUUGACACACAAAAUGAGGUUAAUCACAGUCUUAAAUUCAGACACUUUCAUGACAUGGAGGACCACAAGUCAAUCAUUGCCACAGAGAGUUCACAGGAGGCAUCACUGCAUCACUCUACUAUGGAGUCUGAAAUUGACCAAACUGCUGAACUCUUACCAUCUGGAAGUAUUCAAAGUCUUCAGAAUGGAAUAAAAAAAGCAGUCACUGAGACUUCCCCACUACAGCUCAUAGGUUCUGACUUUAUUCCAAAAGCCAAUGAUUACCUAAUGGAAGAAGAACCAAGCUUAUCAAUACCAAAAUAUUUCCAAGCAAAAUCCUUUAUUCAACAGAGCAGAUCAGAAUCAAUAAAGUGGAUUCCAUCAAGUAUGGAACUACCAGAGAGUGUAUUGGAUAUUGGUGAAAUUGAACCUCACGGCAAUGUUACAGCAGAUCUCUACAGUGAUGGAACAUGGGGACCACAUGGGCAAACACCAGACUUAACUGAAAACAUUAAACAAAAUGUCGAUUUUCUGAGAAAAUCAGAUGAUCACAACAAUGAAGAUCUUUACACUGAUUCAAAGUUCUUUGAAGAGAUAAAGGAACUGAUUAGAGAGAUCCCAUCAAAAAGGGAAAUGACAGAUGAUAUAAUGUUCAAGAAUAAAGUAUGGAAUAUACCAAACCCUGAGAAUAUACACAGAAAAGGAACUGACUACCAGAUACGAUGCACUAAAAAAGGUGAAUAUAUAGAAACAGGUCAUGGAGACACUGAUGAAGGAACAUUUAUGUGUAAAAGUACAGAACAUGAAAGCCAGGCCAAUAGUGCACUCUACCCGCAUGCUGUCACUUCUCAAUAUGUUCCCAUGUUACAUGAAAGUAAAGCGACUGAUGACAUAAAAUUGAAAAGCGGUUUGAAACUACUGCGAGACAGAAUGAUAAACGAUGAUUUUAUUGGUGAACAUAAUGCUUGUCACGAAGAUCAAACAGCAAAGUCGGACAACCGUAUUAGUAAAGAAGUAAAUCAAUGUGAAAGUGAAGUAUCGAAUGAUAAAACACAGAAGGACAAAGUUUACCUUAAAAGAAUUAACAAACAGAAGUUAGAAAUAGAAAGUGAUGCACUGAAGGCAUUUGACAAGUAUGCAGACUCCAAAGAAACAUACAAUCACGUUUCUGGUAUUACCAGCAUUUGCAAUGUUCCUUAUAGUCAAGUUACAUUCUUAUCUGUAGAAGGUAUAAGUAAUAAAAAUACAGACAAUCCUCCUCAAAGUUCUUCUGAGACAUUAUCUUGCAUUGAGGAGAAACAAUCAUUGGCUAAACUAAACAUAUCAACAUGUGCUUCUCAUGAAGAUAAGAUGUCUUACAGAGACACAGAAGAUCAACCUCAGAUCUGCUCAAACAAUGAUGGCAGAAAGGGAGCCAUUAAAAUCAAGCAUUUUGAGGCAAGAAACAGUAUAACAAACCAACUUGAAUUCCAAAGAGACCCUUCCACUAUGUGUCCAGAAAAGGUAGAUACCAGUGAGUCAACAUCUAUACUAAAGGAACUAAGUAGUAGUCAAUCCCAUGAGAUCAGUGGCAUUUCUCCAGGACAUGACUUAAUUGCUUCUAAACGAGGAAUAACAAUAAAGGAUUGUAGAAUGAGUUCCCAAAAAGUUGAGAAUUCUGGAAUUAAGACUUUGUUUAAAAGUUGUUCAGAAGAAAAGCUAGCACCUUGCUUAAAAGUCAUUGACCAACAAGACCAUGUUUCCUCAAAUACCAUGUAUAUUAAUAUGCAUCACAGCAUGGAUGACAGUAAUAUAAAAGAAGUUAAAAAGGAAUCAUGCCAUUCACCUGACAUAAACUGUAAGACACCCUAUGGGGAAGUGCCCCCCGAAAAGGAAGUGGAAUCUGGUAGUGUACUUGAAACCAAGUCAAACAAGGACAACAAUGUGAACAUCACAGUUUCUCAAAUGAUAAGUAAUGAAAGCAUACAAAUCAAUAAUUUACAGGUUUUUAGUAGAUCUUCUGACCAAUCCUUAAACUCCACAAUUGCUUUGGACGAUUUACUCAAUCGGUGUACAGCCACUAUUUCAAAUGUAACCAAUCGGUGCACAGUCAACCCUUUAGAUCCACCAAAGGGAUGCAAAAAUACAGUUCAAGAAUUAUCUGUUAAGAGCAGAAUUACUUGCCAUGAUCCAUCUGCCCAGUUCACCUCUGUCUUUCAUACUUCAACCUACCAGGGAACAAACAGCUCAUCUGAUUCCUCUGACUUGUGUACAAAGACCUCUACAGAUCAAUCUGAUAACUGCAAAUCUACUAUGUCAGAUGUAUCUUCCCAGGAUGAAUUCAACUCUCUUCAAACAUCUAAUCAAAGUACAACCAUGAAUCCAGAUUCAACAUUUAAGUGCAGUGAUUCUUCUUUAACUCUAUCUAAUCAAUGUACAUCUUCUUUUCUUGAGUCAACCAACCAGUGCAAACCCAAUGCAUCUGAUUUAGCCUAUGAUUUUACAGGCAUCUCCCCAGAGCCACUUAUUGAUUUCAACACUACUGCCCAAGAUCCUUCUAUUGGUACUACUAUGUCAGAUGUAUCUUCCCAGGAUGAAUUCAACUCUCUUCAAACAUCUGAUCAAAGUUCAACCAUGAAUCCAGAUUCAGCAAUCAGGUGCUGUGACUUAUCUGAUAUAUCAUACUUAUCUGAUUCCACUGCCCUGUGUGCAAAGACCUCCACAAAUCAAUCUGAUCACUGCAGAACUACCCUGCCAGAUUCAUCUUACCAGGGUAAAUUUAAUUAUCUACAUACAGCUGAUCAAUGUUCAGCCAUGAAUCCAGAUUCAACAUUUAAGUGCAGUGAUUCUUCUUUAACUCUAUCUAACCAAUGUACAUCUUCUUUACUUGAGACAACCAACCCGUGCAAACCCAACGCAUCUGAUUUGGCCUAUGAUUUUACAGGCAUCUCCCCAGAGCCAUUUAUUAAUUUCAACACUACUGCCCAAGAUCCUUCCAAACAGUUUAUACUGUCCAAUCUUGAUUCAGCCUACCACGGAAUAAAUAAAUCAUCUGAUAUGUCCUUCUCAUCUGAUUCUUCCACCCUGUGCAUGGCAGCCUCUUCAGACACAUUUGAUCAAUUCAGAACAACCACAGGCCAGAUCAAAAUUAGUUCUCGAGAUGCAUCAGAUCAGUUCACAACUAUAAAUCCAAUGUCAGCACUUGAUUGCAGUGUCCCUUCUCUAAUUACAUCUGAUCAAUGUACAACUUCUGUCAAUAAGUCAACCAACCAGUGCAAAAAACAUUUAUCUGAUUUGUCCCACCAAUGCACACUCAUAUCUUCAGAUCUAUCCAAUCAGUACCCAAGUAUUGCUACAGAUUUUUAUCAGAGCACAUUUACUUCUGUGGACCCACCUGAAAAGUACACUGCCAGAUUUUCAGAUCUAACCUACACUUGGACAAACAAUCUAUCGGAUGUCCCUAAACACACAGCCACUUCUCAACACACAUUUGAUCAGGACAGUAUAACUUCUCUUGAUCAGAGCACAACUAUGACUUAUGAUCCAACUGAUCAGUUAAAGUGGAACUCAUCUGAUUCAUCCUAUGAGAACGCAAUUACCUCUUUAGAUCUACGUGAUCAGGGCAAAACCACUUCUCUUAAUUCACCUGAAGAGUGCAAAACCAUUUUCUUAGAUUCAUCCAACCCUAUACCUUCAUUUCCUGAGUCAAAGAAACAGCACACAAGUUCUCAAACACCACCCCAUCACCUCAUGACUAAUUCUUUUGACCUUCAUGAUUCAUCUAAUACAUCUUGCCAAACUGCACUGCCCAAGACUGAUGUAAACAAUAAAUGGGUAACAAACACAAAAAAUCCAUCAUUGGUGUGCAGAAUUAGCUCCACACAUCCACACCCCCAAAACACCACCUUAAAUUCAGACCAGUCAUUAAAGGUUUCAGCCUCCACAUCUGACUCCAUAUCAGAUUGCUGCACAACAGUAUCUUCUGAUGAUAUUAACAAAUGCAUAACCACAUCUUCAGAUCAUUCAGUCUAUGAGGACAUGGAAACCACUCAUCGAUGUUCCUACCAGUACACAGCUGACUUUCCCAAUUAUAUAGAUCAGUUUACAAAUACUUCUCCAAAUCAAUAUGAUCGGCGUAUGGCCAAUUCUACUGAACCCUUCAACCAGUGUGCAACCUGUACUAGUUCAAGUCAUCAGUGCAGAACUAUGUCUUCCAAUGUUUCCAGUCAUUGCACUGCUUUUUCUGGUCCAUUAUUUUCUUUACCAAAUUCACUUCAACUGAGCUCACCUUCAACUCCAGAUCUUUGCGGAUCCACCACCACUUCUGAUCUACCCGAUACAUCUAUGUCAAUCUUUGGUGGUCCAGACUUGCCAUGCACAACCAUCUCCCCAUUUCCAAGCUGUCAGCAUGCAACCACCUCAACAGAGUCAUCAGACCAAUGCACCAACAUCUCGGUGGAUUUUCAUAGUGAAAAUAAUAUAGAAUGGGGACCUUUGCAAGAGCCAAUACAAGAUGAACAUGGAGGUAUAAUAAAACAGUGUGAAUUUUCAUUUUUAGAAGAAGUAAGGAGAAUAUUCUUAGACAGCCAAGUUGUAAGGAUUUCACUAUUAGACACUGGAAUUAUUUUAAUAAAGGAAAAACAUCAUUUGGGAAAUAUUGUCCUGAUGGUUCUGAGGAAUGGAAAAGAGCUGGGAACGGUGAUUCAAAGUUCUAACCUUUACCUUCACUACCAGUUAGAUAAGCAUUUCCUUGUCACUCAGCAGCUGAACGAUGACUGGUACCGUGCACAGGACCGCAUAACCAAAGUUACCAUGCUGAUGAAAAAGGUUCCAAUUACAUCCAACUGGUUGAAGACAUUACACAACUUUUUGUGCCUCCCAAAUGGUCGCGGGCUACUGACCCCAUAUGCUGUGAUCACUGAUCGUAAUGGAUCCAUCCUAUUCUUGAUGGAGGACAGAGACUUAUUAGGUGUUGGGAUACCACCUUUGAGAUAUGAGUUGAAUACAAUGAAGAAUCUUUCUGAAGUAUUGAGUUUCAUGAAAUAUUGCAAGAUUCACAGAGUAUUACCCGGAAACAUAAUAAACUCCAUUUUAUACACACCACAGGGUAUUUGCUUUGACCCCAGCAGCUUCUGUAACAAUGAAGAUCUCUGUGAAUUCAAAAAGUGCCUGAAAGAGUGUCUCUUGGUUUUCCUGUUUAGUGGACAGCUGGAGGAAUUUGACGGGAUCGUAGAACUCUUACUUGAGAGAGGUCAAGUACUUCUUGAGGAAGAUUGGUCACCACAAAUAUGUCUAGCAAGGCUUUUAACUGCACCUGUACCAGGAACCCUUCCAUUCUGCUUUCCGUCUUUCUCAACUGAAAACUAG